AUGGCUGACGCUGGGUUCUUCAAAGGCACAUCAGCCGAGCAGGACCGCCGGUUUUCCGACAAGGAGAUGAAGCUCCUGAAAACGAUGAAGUUUCCGGCUACAUUUGACAAGAAGGUGGACAUGCGCAAAGUGAACCUCGACGUGAUUAGACCAUGGAUCGCUAAGAAGGUCGUUGAGCUCGUCGGUUUUGAAGACGAAGUCGUUGUUGAGUACGCUAUGGGUCUACUAGAGGACCCCUCACAGCCGACUCCCGACCCUAAAAAGAUGCAGAUCAACCUGACGGGGUUCCUCACGAACCACACUGCAGAAUUCAUGUCUGCGUUGUGGGAACUGCUGCUGGAGGCCCAAGACUCGUUAGGCGGUGUACCGAAACGGUUCUUGGAGGAGAAAAAGGAAGAGAUGAGGAAGGCUGCCGAGAGGGACUCGGGGGCGCUUAAUGAACGUGACCGUCGAGCACGUCUUGAUGAGAUACGGCAAAAUGAACGUGAAGAGCGUGAGCGUGGGGGUGGCAGAGGCCGCGGAAGAGGCCGAGGGAGAGGGCGGGGCCGUGGCAUGGACGACCGCCCCAGAGACAGCGGAUGGGGUGCCAGAGCCGGGUUCCCGCUCACCCCCGCCUCGUUCCCCUCCCCCGCGCAGGCGGUCGUUCUCCAGGUCUCCCCCUCCCCAUCGUCGCCCAAUCUCACGCUCUCCACCUCCCCGCAGACGCACACCUUUGCCCUCGCGCUCCCCACCAAGGCGAUACCGUUCGCCUCCCCGCCGCCGGCGUUCCCCUCCUCCCCGACGUUCCCCUCCGCCUCGACGUUCGCUGUCUCGUUCCCCAUCGCGGUCUCCUCCUCCCAGGCGUCGCAGGCCUCGAUCGAUAUCCAUGUCACCACCUCCGCCUCGGCGAAGGGACAGGGACUUUAG